AUGACCUCCAUUCUCGGUAGUAUGAAUCGGUGGAUUUUGCAUUGGGUCAAAGACUUUUUUCUGAAGACGCGUCCAUAUAUCUUCAGAAUACCUGUUGAACUGAUUAUCGAAAUUCUCAAAUUUUUGGAAUGGAGAGAAGUGUUACUCGUGCGACAAACAUGUAAAUAUCUUGCUGGUGUAACUACGUCUCGGGCUAUUUGGAAAGGACUUGUCGAUGAAUACCUUGUAACAAGCUUCAUGCCGCCGAAGAUAGAGCGACCACUCGCGUCGCAUUCCUCUCAGGAGCUCGAGUGUCUAUUCCUUCGAUGGAAAAGUGCAGAUCUUGCUUUUGGAUCCGACAAAUUUAUUACUCCCCAAGAACGAGGGCGCUGGCUAUUGAGCAUACAGCAAACAGGGGCCGUGCAAUACUACGACCUCGAUGCAGAGAUGUCUGUCGCCGUCGAGCUCAUCCCAGCACAGAGUGAAGAAGCCGUUAUUACGUCAACUAUCGACUACGACAUGGACGCUCCAUUUCUGAAAUUCAAUAUUGCGUUUUGCUACAAGUCUGAAGACGCGCUCGAGAUGGAAUCUCAUAAAUUUCGAGGAAAUCGUUGUAUAUGCAAAAUAUGGAAUGUCAAAGCCAUCCUGGAUGACACUAGGCAUGUAAUCGGCCUCAUUGCUACACAGAUCGCUUGGUUUCCAUUUGGUGUGGAAGUGAACAGUGUGCCCAUGUUCUCUCUUCUUGGAUCAAAUCUAGCGUGUAUCACACAUUUAGCGUCCCUUGCACCUUCCUACGAACCCUGUCUACUACGCAUUAUCAAUUGGCAACAGGCUCACGAAAACCCUCUGCGUUAUACAUUCCGGGUGGUUGAGAGGUUAGAACGCCAAGCAUGCGUACAGCUCCUGCCAACGGGCAAAAUCCUCGUUACAGAAUAUGGGAAUUACAAACUUUACGACUACUUAUCUAUACCUGAAGGGAAUUAUACGCCGGAACAACCUAUAAGUUCUUAUCAGCCAAUCUGGAAUAUAAAAGGACCAAGUUGUGACUGGCCCUUCAACUGUUUCUUCACCGGGUCACGGGCAUAUGUCAUCAUCGGCGAAUACGCGUUGGUGUCGAUGCUGGCAUUUGACUAUGUGUCCCCAAGUGGCACCCCACCGUCUAUGAAUAUCGUUUAUCGAGACAAAACGGUCCUUCUACAAGAAAAAGGCACUUACGUUGGUGCGAAGCGUACAAUUGCACUUGUUCGUCUUCACACACUUCGUAUUUUGGAUUAUUCAUCCUUCACAACGUCCAAGGAGCCGGUAGUACUCCGUCAAGAAGGGGUGACGAACAUCAACAUCAUCUCCUACCUCAUCGCUGAUGACAAUAUUGGGAGAUGUAAGACGCGUCCAUGUAUCUUCAGAAUACCUGUUGAACUGAUUAUUGAAAUUCUCAAAUUUUUGGAAUGGAGAGAAGUGUUACUCGUGCGACAAACGUGUAAAUAUCUUGCCGGUGUAACUACGUCUCGGGCCAUUUGGAAAAGACUUGUCGAUGAAUACCUUGUAACAAGCUUCAUGCCGCCAAAGACAGAGCGACCACUCGCGUCGCAUUCCUCUCAGGAGCUCGAGUGUCUAUUCCUUCGAUGGAAAAGUGCAGAUCUUGCUUUUGGAUCCGACAAAUCUAUUACUCCCCAAGAACGAGGGCGCUGGCUAUUGAGCAUACAGCAAACAGGGGCCGUGCAAUAUUACGACCUCGAUGCAGAGACGUCUGUCGCCGUCGAGCUCAUCCCAGCACAGAGUGAAGAAGCCGUUAUUACGUCAACUAUCGACUACGACAUGGACGCUCCAUUUCUGAAAUUCAAUAUUGCGUUUUGCUACCGAACACAAGAUGCGGGCAAAAUGGAAUCUUAUAAAUUUCAAGGAAAUCGUUGUAUAUGCAAAAUAUGGAAUGUCGAAGCCAUCCUGGAUGAUACUAGGCAUGUGAUUGGCCUCAUUGCUACACGGAUUGCUUGGUUUCCAUUUGGUGUGGAAGUGAACGGUGUGCCCAUGCUCUCUCUUCUUGGGUCAAAUCUAGCGUGUAUCGCAUAUAUAAUGUCUCUUUCACGUUCCUACGAACCCUGUGUAGUACGAAUUAUCAAUUGGCAACAGGCUCACGAAAACCCUCUGCAUUAUCCAUUCCGGGUGGUCGAGAGGUUGGAUCAUCAAGCAUGUGUACAGCUCCUGCCAACGGGUAAAAUCCUCGUUACAGAAUGUGGGAAUUACAAACUUUACGACUACUUAUCUAUACCUGAAGGGAAUUAUACGCCGGAACCACCUAUAUGUUCCUAUCAGCCAAUCUGGAAUAUAAAAGGACCAAGUAGUGACUGGCCCUUCCGCUGUUUCCUCACAGGGUCACAGGCAUACAUCGUCAUCGGCCAAUACGCGUUGGUGUCGAUGUUGGCAUUCGACUAUGUGUCCACAACUGGCACCCCACCGUCUGUGAAUCUCAUUUAUCGAAGCGAAUGGGCCGAUAUGCAUCGAAGAGCCACUUACGUUGGUGCGAAGCGUACAAUUGCGCUUGGUCGUCUUCACACACUUCGUAUUUUGGAGUAUUCAACCUUCACCACGUCCAAGGAGCCUGUAGUACUCCAUCAAGAAAGGUUGACGAACAUCGAGGUCAUCUCCUACCUCAUCGCUGAUGACAAUAUUGGGAGAUGUGUUUCUAUAUUUAAUGGCUACGAUGACAGAUACAAGCACCAGACCGAAUUUCAUGUGGUAGAUUUUGGCAGACUGCCGAAUCAGUUAGCUCAGUCCUGCCAAGUUAUACUUGCGGACUGCCUGUAA